CAGGACGGUCGUCGAUCCCCAAAAAAGCAGGCGGCGUCCCCCCUACCCGCCAUCUCCGGCCAACGGCACUGUUCCGAUCUCCAAGCGCGGCGUUUCUUUGGAGGCGUUAGACCGGAGGUUCGCUCAAGCCGAAUCCGAUCUUCGCCGUCAAUAGGAGCUCCAGAGCAAGAAGCAAAGAACUAAUACUAGCGCCACUCCUACUGGAAAUCAAACUCCUGAUAAAAUGGCUCAGAAACAGCUUGUCCCCAAUACACAGACUUCGAACACACCAUCUAAGAAAGGCAUGAGAUCUACAAACCAAUGCAUGAAAUGUGGAAGUGCUACAUAUAGAAACUUAUAAGAAGUGCUGGGAAAAAUCAGAUGGCACAAACUCUCCUGAAUGUAGACUAUCACGGUGCACAAAUUCUUGGUUGAUCUAGACACUAAUUUUUUUAUUUGUACACUACAAUGAUUCAUAUCUAGGUGUGCACGUUAAAAAGCUGCAAAACCAUUUAUUACUUCAAUUGCAGAGUGCAAGCUAGAUGGGUAUACGGGACUGCGUGGUAUCAUGAUCCGCGAAACUGCAGAAACAUUCGGAAUAAUAACAGAAGACAAUAGAUUCAAGGGUUACUGUCACUCUUUUAGCAUUCAAAGUCUGUUUCUUUAAACUUAACUCUUUGGAAACAAACAAAAAUUGUUGAUAGGCAAAUUCUUCUAUGGACCUUAGGAACAUGGAAGCACAACUCUUGCUGAUAAGUAUAAUCCAUUAAUUCUCAUUUGUUCAUUGUAAUGAUGAUUUGCAGUAGUGCCCAAGAAGCUCUCUGUCUUCAUGCUUCAAGGGGAUUCAUGGAAGGUUACAAUGACCGGCGACAAACUUGCUUCAAGAAGCAUGGUUUCAUAGGUGCGAGCAACGCGACCUGCAAUCACUCUGCAAACCACAAUCGCCGCUCUCAUGUUUCCAUGGCCGCAUUUCUCAACUCUUCUGUGAGCUCUCCAACUCGUCUUGGAAAGCGUCACCGGCGACCUCCACAUUGCUUCACUGUUCAUACAACCACCUAUGGUCCUACACACCCCACAACUCUUCCUCCUACAAGUGGUCGAGAAUCGAUCAAACCCUAACAAACAAGCAAUGCCAGUUCCCAUAUACCUCAACACCUCAUUUCCAUCCCUUCUUACGCCGCUCUCUCUCCCCUUUGACUUCACAAUCUUUCUGUAAACUUCAAACCUCUUAUAAACCGCUUCGCCACAAUUCACCCUAAAAACUUUUUGAAUUCUAUACCCAACACUGUGCUUCCACCCAGCGCGAAAAAUCGCGUCCACUUCGGCGACCUCUUCUAAUGGUUCAAUCUCUUUGAACCUUGGAAAAGAAAGAACCCUUUUUGCAUGGGAAUCAAAACUCUCUUGGGGUUUAGGGUUUUGAUUCUUCUUUGGAGAAGGAGGAGGAAGAGGGGUUCUCUCUCUUUUUGGGGAAAUGGCACUUGACUUUGGCUUGAAACAUC